AUGAAAGAACAAUCGAGAUGGCGGGGAGACAUGUACGAUCCAAACGAGCACAACUGGCUCUAUCACCAGCAGUUGAUACGAGGAGAUCUAAGGGGCUUCACAGAGCUAUCAGAUAAAGUGCCGGCUAAAUCAACGUAUUGUCAUUUUACUGCCGGCGUUUUGAAGCGACAUCAUGGGAAGAUUUCUGACUCACUUCAGGAAUUCCGAAGCCUGAUGAAAGAAAACGACUCGGCGAAAAUGGAGACAGUGCAAGCAGCAUCGCGAUCUCUCUAUCUUCUUGGGCGAUACAAAGCGGCAGCAGACUCUCUAAACCAAAUAGACAAGGCGAAGGAGUCCUCAGACUGGAAACACCAUCUCUACCUUGGCCAAUGUUACAAAGCAGCUGGACAUACUGACAAAGCCUCAAAGCACUUCUCCAAGUCGCUGGAAAAGUCUCCAAAUGUAGACGCUUAUGUUGAAAUGGCGGACUUAGCAAGUACGACUUCUGACAAGUCGAACGCGCUAGAGUCGAUAAAGAAGGGACUUGAGCUCUUUCCAGAAUCGCAUAAAUUGAGCCUCAAACAUGGAGAAAUAUCGACUGACAGUCUAUUGAUAACAAGACGGGCUUUGCCAGAGACGGACCUCAACUAUGCGAUGCAAUUUCUUCGCCUAGCCACCGAAAGCGAUUCAGACGCAUCUCUCAUGCUCGGCGCUCUUAUUCAGCGAUCCUCCGCGGAAAAAGCCAUCGUUUGCUACAGAGAAGUUUACAAUGAAAAUCCUGCUUCUCCUCAACUUUGGAAUAAUCUCGGAGUUCUGUGCAUUCAAAAGGCAAGAAACUCGCAGCAAUGGCCUGCUUCCGUCGAGCUACCUACAUUGAUCCGAUUGAACCUGCAACUUCUUGGUCAAAUGGAAAACGCAGCCAAGGCAUUUAAAAAAUCGAAAAGAAUGGAGAACGAGCUGGUCGAUGUCAACGAGCGACUUAACUGCCUGCAUAACAGAUUUGUUUUCUAUGCGAAUUAUGAUGGAAUGAAAGAUGGUGAGAGCAGGGAUGAUUUUAAAGAAAGACUAUCAAAGAAACUCAGAGAAGAAAAACAAGUGUUGAUUUCUGAAAGCCCGGAGCAUCUGGAGCCCGAAAUGACAGAUGCAAGUAGAGUUAUAGCAACAGAUGAUCAGGCGGCGUUGAGCAAGGCUUCGUGCGUGAAAUUGGGCUACUGGGAGGACGAAGGCUUACUGAAGCUCAUUCCGAAGGCGAAACGAAGGUCACCAAUAAUCAAUGCAGGGUACUUCGUCCGCUUCAAAGUAAUCUCGGACAUAGUGAAUAAAGUUCUGAACACAAAAGAAGCCCGCAUCCGUCAAUUUUUAAUUCUGGGCGCGGGCAGCGAUACAAUGUACUGGCGGCUCAAUUUGGGCAAGGAAAGAGAAGACAUAAAGUGGUUCGAGAUUGACUUUGAGAAAAAUCUCAACUACAAGAGCUCAGUACUGGAGAAAGCAUAUGGAAAGUCGAAUGGGUACUUUCCUGUUCCGGCUGAUUUGAGAAACAUUCCUGAAAUGGAAAAGAAACUUGUCGCAGCAGGGUUUGAACCCGAUGAGCCAACCUUUGUUCUAUCUGAAGUCGUCUUAGCAUAUCUUAACUCGAAACAUUCAACGAAUGUGAUCAAAUGGAUUGGAGAGCGCCUUCACCGAGCAACAUUCUGCGAGUUCGAGCAAAUAAACCCCGACUCUACUUUUGGGAAUCGGAUGAUCACGCACUUUCAAAAGAUGGGCUCUCCGAUUCUCACUAUUCAAGAUCUGCGGACACUGUCUUCACGCGAGGAACGUCUCACGGAACACUUCAAGAUCUCUUCCAUCUGUCCUAUUUAUCCUCUUGCGCCGGAUAUAAGCGAUAUUGAGCCGUUUGAUGAGUUCGAAGUGCUCCAUCUUUACAUGAAGCAUUACUACAUCGGAUUUGGUACGAACUGUUCUGAAUCAGCAGAUGAACUAAGCGAAUACUUCUCUGAUAACAGCUUCAAGCCUGGAUCAACUGAAAGCAGCAAAAACUCCGCAGCAUGUGAGGAAAGAAUACGAUUUCCUGGGAGAACUUUCUCUGGCUAUCAAAUCGAUUCUAAGAGAAAAUUAUGCGUUUCUGGACUUGGAGUUGAUAACGAAUCAAGUGCGAAACAAGACAAUGUCUCGACUCUUGUUGAAAUCAAGGAAGAGAGCGCGAAAACAUUGAAUAUCGAUGCGGACGAGGUCCUACUCCCGCAAGUGGUUAGCCUGGCGGAUAAAUUAGUGGUCUUCGGAGGGCGAAGAAAUCCAAGAAAGCCGAAUCAGAAUUUGAAGGUUUUUCGAUCGGGUGAUUAUGGAAAUAUUUUUGAAGAGAAGUCAGAAGUUUUUGGAGUUUACAGAUCAGCGAUUUGUAAAAUCUCGGAGUCGAGCUUUUUGUGCUUCGGAGGCAGAAGAGCUGAUGGUGCUUUCUCAAAUAAGAUGGUGGAAAUAUCAGUGGAAGAGUCUGGAACUGUAGCAGUUUCCACGAGAUAUAUCGUGUUUGAAGAAGAGUUGCCAAGACUAGCAUCGGCUACAUGUUCGAAAUUGAGUGACACUGAAUUUGAAAUAAUUGGCGGUCUACUGCCAAAUGGAAAGAUAUCAGAUGAAAUAUUGCGGAUCAGAAUUGACGGGUCGAAAGGCGAAAUUACCUGGCGAAGAAAGCUUGAUUUCGGUUUUUACGGACAUUCAAUACAUAUUUGUGAGACUGGCAACAGAAUGCUAAUUAUUGGUGGAAUCUCAACGCUCCACGAGAUUAAUGAUGCUGUUAUUGAAAUUGAUAGAGAAAGCUGGAAAAUCAUGUCGAUAAAAGAAAUGAGCUCCAAAGAAUUAUUACUCGUCGGAAACGGAGCUCGAGUAACGAAAGAAUCAGAAAACCAGACAGAAAUUGAGAUUAUCGGUGGCGGGGCGCACUGUUUUGCCUUUGGAAAUCACCUGAAUCCACUGGUAUCUACCAUCUCUUUCUGA